AUGGAAAGCAAUAAUAACAAAGACCACCACCGCAGCAUCAAGUCCUCCAUCUCGACGCCGGACCUCCACGACACCGGCCUGAAGCUGGAGCGAGCUAGAGAGGCCUACGCCGGCUACAACUCCGACGUGAUGGAGAAGCCUUCGAAGGUGGAGGUGUGGAUUUGGUAUCUGUACGAGGUCUGCUCCUACUUCAUCCAUUCCUGCCUCCUCCCCAUCGUCUUCCCGCUCAUGAUCAGCCAGAUCCACCGCCUCCCCGCCGAGCCCGCCCGCGGCUGGCUCACCAGCCCCAUCGCCCUCUCCUGCCGCCCUCAACAAUCCCAGCUAUACGAAGCGCUGGUGAACAAGAACGUAGAAUUCGGGACCGCCAGAAUCUCAGCAUUGCAAUGGACCUCCUUUUCAUGGGGAGUGGGCUUGGGCCUAGCCGGCCCAAUACUCUGGCUCAUAUCCACAAGCCUGGACUACGGCAACUUCCAGCCCAUCAUAGCCGGCACCGCCAUCGCCACCGGAUUCUUCUUCUGCCUCCCCACGGGGUUCUUCAACGUCACCUGGAUCUUCCCGCCCUUCAUCAUCGCCAUCGUGGCGGCGAGCACGAUUGCCGCUGCCACCCACACGCGCCACCACGGCAUGAUGGUGCGCGGAUUCACCGGCCCGAACCUCCACAAGUCCCGAUUCGCCCUCCGCCGCUGGCUCUCCAGCUGGCUCUCCCUCUACGCCGCCGCCGCCGGCGCCCUCGGCUCCGCCGCCAUCACCGCCUUCACCUACUACAUGCUCCGGAAAAAAGAAAAAGAACUCAGCCUCUGGAUCGUCACCAUCUUCAGCGGCCUCACGUGGGCCGCCGGAAUCUCCCACGUCGCCUUCAUCAAGCCCGGCUCCGGCGACGUCGCCGGCCGGCCGUCGCCGGCGAAACAUUCCCUCUCGAUUUUCACCUACCCGCACGCUUUUACAACCCUGAUUCUAACGUUCCUCUCGUCGUUCACCACGAUGUGCAUCUUCGCCAGCGGAUACCUCUACUUCGCCGGAUUCCUCUGUCUCCAGCCGCCGGUGAUCCUCUACUCCUGGCUGAUCUACUUCGUAUUCCCGUUAAUUUCCCUCCCGGCGGUCCACCUGGUCCAGCACGCGCUCCGAGCCGACGCGGCGAAGAUGCACGCGCUCGGAUUCGUCAUGGCGCUGAUCACGUCCGGGUUCGGGUUCUACUUCCGGUCCGGAAUCUGGGCCGCCGGAGUAAUUCUAGCCUUCUCGGCGGUGCAGGGGACGUCGGCGGGUGUGAUGCACGCGUUCCAGCGCGUGCUGCUGUCGGACUGCUCGCCGCCGGGGAAGGAAGGGGUGUUCGGCGCGUGGUUCGAGUGGUGGAGGGCGGCGGGCGCGUUCGCCGGGUUCACGGUGGCGGCUAACUUGCCGGGGGAGAUAAGUACCAGCUUAGCUGCCACGUUUUUGACGUCGGUGGCGGGGAUCGUGGUGCUGGUGUACGGACACAUCAGCGAUACAGGUGGAGCUGCCGCGGCUGGACACGUGGUGGCGGGGGAGGGGAAGUCGGGUCGGGUUUAUGACGAGGAGCAGCAGGAUGACCCGGAUGGUGGGAUAUCGUCGCCGCCACCGCCACGUGCUCGGCUGGCAUUGGAGGACGAUGUUCAUCACGGGAAUGGUAAGAAUUAUAGUAACAACGUUCGUAGUUUGGCGGUAAUGAAGGAGGAUCAGGAUGAUCAUGAUGACGAACUAAGUUUUCAGCACGAUCAUGACCAUGAGGAUGUCAUUAGCUUAAGCUAA